AUGACCGCCACCACCCUCGGCGGAGCCGUGGACGGCACGCUCACCCAGUACGCCGUCUUUCCCGAGUCGGGUCUCGUCCGGGCACCGUCGAACCUGACGCCCACGGAGACGGGGACCCUGACCUGCGCGCCCCUGACGGCGUGGAACGCGCUGUACGGCCUCGAGUCCAAGGCGCUGCGGCCGGGCCAGGUCGUCCUCACGCAGGGGACGGGCGGCGUGUCCCUCGCGGCCAUCCAGUUCGCCAAGGCGGCCGGCGCCACCGUCAUCGCGACGACGUCGUCCGCGGAAAAGGCCAAGCGCCUGGAGAAGCUCGGCGCCGACGUCGUCAUCAACUACAAGGAGGACCCGAACUGGGGCGAGACGGCCAAGCGGUUGUCCCCGGGAAAGGCGGGCGUCGACUUCGUGAUCGAGGUCGGCGGCCCCGGCACCAUGGAGCAGUCCCUCAAGGCCGUCAAGAUGGAAGGAAUCAUCGCCGUGAUCGGCUUCCUCGGCGGGCCCAAGGCUGAGAACGAGCCCAGCCCGCUCGCGGCGUUGGGGGCGGGCUGCAUCAUCCGCGGCAUCCUCAUCGGAUCCAAGGCACAGAUGAACGCGAUGAACAGGGCGAUCGAGGCGAACAACAUCCGUCCCCUCGUGGACGAAAAGACGUUUUCUUUCGAGAACGCCCUCGAAGCGUACGAGUAUCAAUGGCAGCAAAAGCAAUUUGGAAAAGUCGUCAUUCAAUUACCUGGAGCCGGAGCGUAAAAGAAGGUUCGGGAGAGUUUGCGGUUCGCAUCAUCUUACCCCUACCGUAUGUAAUGUAGAAACCUAUCUUGUGUAUAUAUCUAUAUACAUGACAAUACUUUCUCCGACUUGAGCGUUGUGAUUCAUAUCUGGCUCAUUUGAGGCGAUGGUCAUGGUCAUGAUGAUGAUGAUGAUGAUGAUGAUGAUGUCGACGCCUUUUUCAAAUCAGUAACUGUCCCGAUCGAGCCAAC